GUUUCCAGCCGGAUUGUUGUUCCGGACGGACCGCAAACCAACCGUUGACGCACAAAGAUCGCCCGAGUGACUCUCCGGAUCCCUUCAUCGUUAAAGACUCAGUUUGACUCUGAUCGACAGAAGUUCAUAGUUUGUCCUGAUUGUAAUGUAACACCGGGAUCACGCAGGAUGGACGGUCCCACUCUUCCCCUCUCUGCUCUGCGCCUCCUGGUCCCACCAAUCCGGCUGGUCUCUGCAGCCAUCUGGCAGACAGUAGAGCAGAAAGUCGUGUCCGAUUAUGGGCUGCUUGAGGAGUUUGUGUUCAUGAUUACGGAGAUUGUUCCCCAACUUCUUUCCACGAGACAGCGGGCUGAACUCAUUCUGGGUCUCAGAGCAAGGCUCAUCCUCGAGUUGUGUCGAUCCGAGGAGACGGCUGACCUCCAGAUUAUUCAGCCACAUCUCGACCGAAUGCAGAACCUCAGGUCCCUGUGGAACGUGGAGGUCGAUAAUCCAGAACAGGAAGCCACCGACUCGCAUUUCAUGGGUCUAGUCCGAAAUCUGCUGAGAGAUCCUGAAGAGAGGAGAAACUUUUUCCAGGAUGUUUUUCCAGGGGACUUUGGCCCCACGUAUGACAAAGCCAUUCAGACUCUGAUGUGGCUCUUUCUGUCCAGACUUGAAAAGCUUCUUCCUACUCAGACUCUCCAACAGAUUGCUUCUCUGCUCAGCGACACGUCGGCUGUUCUGAACGAAUGCAUCGAGACUUUCACUCAACCGCAGGAGCUAAAGACCCUGCUGGACACUCACAAAGACCUUAGCCAGUUAGGGGACAUAGAUUCUUACAUCGUUGACAGUGGCAUCUUGUCGGCGCUCUGUCUCCCCCCUGUGGAAAGAGUCGUGAUCGUCAAUGAACAAACAGAAACGGAUGCAGAGUGCGGACAUGUCUAUACAGUCUGCACAGAGAUGGAGGUGGAAUCUGAGAACAAGGAGGUUUAUGUGGAUGGAAGCAGGGCUGCGGGAGAGUGCGUGCCGACACAGUGGUUUGGUAUCAGCAGUGAGGUCAAGGCAGAAAUUGACAGCCAGGCUGCCAUGGACCCCAUCGAAGGCGCUGAGGCCAGUGAGAGCGAAAUGGCAGAGGAACAAUCUGAAACGCUGAUGAUUGGGGAAGACGGACAGGUGACGGUGCUCGACAUAGAAGAAAAGAAGCCAAAAAGACGAGGCAGGAAGAAGAAAAAUCCUGAGGAUCAGGACUUUGAGCUGCAAAGCAGAACAAGGGGAAAACAAGAGCAAGAAUUUGACGUCUUGUGGGAAAGACCGGUGAGGAAGAACCGGGGGCUGAAGAUGAAACGGUACCUGUCACAGUGGAGGAAAUCAAAGACAACGGCCAGUACUGCUGCCAACAGCAGUACUAAAAAGUAUGGCAGAGGCCGAGGUGCAGCCAGGAGCAAUGACGUGGACGAGAGAACGUGCAAAGUGUGCGGCAUAGUGGUGGCUCGUGCCGCGCUGUUGGAGUGUCACAUGAAUCAACACUCGCAGGAUCUGCCUUUCUCUUGUCCUUCGUGUAAAAGGUUUUAUAAGAGCUUGCGUUACUUGCAGCAACACAGAUGUCCAAAUCAGCCAAAAGGAAAGCCUGGCAGGAAGCCAAAGCAACAAGGGCCUGCAGCAGGUGAGGGAGAACACUCAUCCAAUCCUUUGGACACAACCAGUGAAACACAAGCGUCAGACAACGCAGACCUGGAUCACUCGCCUUCCUCCAAAGAACCCGGACUGAGCCCAGACGACAAGAGUAUGGCCGAGGGUCCUUUUUUCUGCCCUCACUGCAGCGGGGAGUUCAAGUGCAAACAAACUUUCAGGUUUCAUUUAAGGAACAUUUGCUACAGCGAGCAGCAGGUUGACCCGGAGAAGCCUGAGGAUGAGAAGCACUGUUUCAGAUGUGACGAAUGCGACAAGGCGUUUAAGUACAAAUCAACGCUGGAUUCCCACAAACAAACUCACAACCCGCUUUACUGCGAGGUGUGCAUGAAGCUGGUGCGUGACUCGGAGGCGUUGGCCAUGCACAAAGAAUCUCACACUCCAUUUCAGUGCAACCGGUGUGAGGAGAACUUCCCCGUGUUCAAGUCACUUCAUAAGCAUUACAUCGACGCCCACAAUCCCACCGAGCCUUUCACCUGCACGCACUGUCAGACGACGUUCACCAGUCUGAAGCGUUUCAUCAGACACGAGUGGAAGCACACCGGAUAUCAGCCGUUCCAGUGCGCUCACUGCACCAAAAGAUUCCGAUCAUACUCGGACCUCGUGGAGCACCAGAAGAAACACACUAAAGCGUAUCCGUUCCUCUGCUGGGAAUGUGGGAAGAAGUUCCGGCAUGGUGUAACUCUGACGAGACACGUUGAGCGUGUUCAUCACUCCGGAGAACCCAUAAUCGAGAAACCCUCGGCAAUCUUCACCUGCGCCCAGUGCGGGAAGACCUUCACGUCCAGGAGAUGCCUUCUUAAACACGAUAACUUCCAUCACAAAGGGCAGCGAUUCCCAUGCGAGCACUGUGGGAAAGGAUUCUUUGGGAAGGACGCUCUGGUGAGGCACACGCUGAUCCACACAGGAGAACGGCCUUUCAAGUGCGACGACUGCGACAAGUCUUUCAGAUCAUCGGCAGAGUUAAAGAUACACAGGAGGUAUCACACCGGGGAGAGGCCGUUCAAAUGCAACAUCUGUGAAAAGGGCUUCGUCCAGUCCUGCUUUCUAACCUUACACAUGCGGACGCACACAGGAGAGCGGCCGUAUGUCUGUACAGUUUGUAGCAAAGGCUUCUCAAGCCUGCACGGCCUGAAAAGACACAGGAGACUUGUUCAUGCAUAAACAUGAUACUAACUCCCUUAAGGAUGUUUUGUUUAAAGUUCUCCUUUUGAAGGAGCUCAGCAACAGCUUAAAUUAAAGAACUGCAGGAAGUGAGCGUGCUCGAGAACGCCUCAGCAGUGUGGAUCCUGACUGAAAUAGGAGAAUUAAAACCAGGUGUUCCAGUGGAAGGACAUCUACUCUGAAAUAGUUUGCCAUGUUGCUGCAGUCGCAGUUCGGGUUGGCAGGAACAGUGAAAUUGUAAAGUGCAUAAUAAAAAUCUAACUUUGUAUUUUUGACAGGAAUGUUUGCUGUAGUUCUACAAAAGAUUUGUAUGUAUAAAUGAUAUAAACCUUGUUUCCUUAUCAGAAUUGAUUUCUUUUUCUUGAAUAAAUUAAACCUUUGAUUUCAAGUGUCAUCGGAUUAACUCAA